AUGGCCGCGCGCCCCGGGCCGCUCUGGCUGCUGGGCCUGGCGCUGUGCGCGCUGAGUGGCAGCGGCGGCCCUGGCCCGCGCCCCCCGCCCGGCUGCCCGCAGCGUCGCCUGGGCCCGCGCGAGCGCCGCGACCUGCAGCGCGAGAUCCUGGCGGUGCUCGGGCUGCCCGGGCGGCCCCGGCCCCGCGCGCCCCCCGCCGCCGCCCGGCUGCCCGCGUCCGCGCCGCUCUUCAUGCUGGACCUCUACCGCGCCAUGGCCGGCGACGACGACGAGGACGGCGGGCCCCUCGAGCGGCGCCUGGGCCGCGCCGACCUAGUCAUGAGCUUCGUCAACAUGGUGGAGCAUGACCAUGCCCUGGGCCACCAGGAGCCCCCCUGGAAGGAGUUCCGCUUUGACCUGACCCAGAUCCCAGCAGGGGAGGCUGUCACAGCCGCAGAGUUCCGGAUUUACAAGCUGCCCAGCGCCCAGCCGCUCAACCGGACCCUCCACGUCAGCAUGUUCGAGGUGGUCCCGGAGCAGUCCAACAGGGAAUCUGACUUGUUCUUUUUGGAUCUUCAGACGCUCCGAUCUGGGGACGAGGGCUGGCUGGUGUUGGACGUGACAGCAGCCAGUGACCGCUGGCUCUUGAACCGUAACAAGGACCUGGGACUCCGCCUCUAUGUGGAAACGGAGGAUGGGCACAGCGUGGAUCCUGGUCUGGCUGGUCUGCUGGGGCAACAGGCACCACGCUCCAGACAGCCUUUCGUGGUCACCUUUUUCAGGGCGAGCCCUGGCCCUGUACGAGCCCCUCGGGCAGUGAGGCCCCUGAAGAGGAGGCCGCCGAAAAGAACCAACGAGCUGCCGCCCCCCAACAAACUGCCGGGAAUCUUUGAUGACGUCCACGGCUCCCAUGGCCGGCAGGUGUGCCGCCGGCAUGAGCUCUACGUCAGCUUCCAGGACCUCGGCUGGCUGGAUUGGGUCAUCGCCCCCCAGGGCUACUCAGCCUAUUACUGUGAAGGGGAGUGCUCCUUCCCGCUGGACUCCUGCAUGAACGCCACCAACCACGCCAUCCUGCAGUCCCUGGUGCACCUGAUGAAGCCGGACGCGGUCCCCAAGGCAUGCUGCGCGCCCACCAAGCUGAGCGCCACCUCCGUGCUGUACUACGACAGCAGCAACAACGUCAUCCUGCGCAAGCACCGCAACAUGGUGGUCCGGGCCUGCGGCUGCCACUGACUGAUCUGCACCCGCCCCAGCCGCUCAGCCCCCCAUGGCGGGGACCUCCGACGCCGUCACAGCUCAGCAGGGGCUGCAGC